AUGCAAGUAUCAAACGUUCAAGAGGUGCACGAUGACGAAAUAGGUGACCUUUGCAGCACGUACAACGAGGUGUUCGAACCAGCCAUGGGUGUCAUAAAAGACUUCAAAGCAAGUGUAUUCUUAAAACCGUCAGCAACACCAAAGUUUUUCAAGAGCCGUCAAAUUCCAUUUGCACAGAUGGACCAAUUCAGAGCUGAGGCAGACAGACUUACACAAGCCGGAAUUUGGAAGCCGAUCAAAUUCAGCAAUUGGGCAUCCCCAAUUGUGCUUGCACCAAAACCAGGAGGCGCAAUUCGCAUAUGUGGCGACUUUAAGCAAGCAGUCAACGCACAGAUCGAUGUUGAACAGUACCCGCUACCGACAAAAGAGGCUCUGUUUCACAUAAUACGUCACGGCAAGCAGUUCAGCAAAAUCGAUUUAAAGGAUGCCUAUCUUCAAAUGGAACUGGAUGAGGAUUCAAAAACUUUCAUGGUCGUCAACACACCCCUUGGCCUAUUUCAAUACCAGCGCCUUCCCUACGGGAUUGCCAGUGCUCCAGCGAUCUUCCAAAGGUAUUUGGAGCAGCUUCUAAAAGGAGUAGAAGGAUGUGGCAACUACUUAGAUGACAUCAUCAUCUCAGCACCUACAAGCGGGCAACAUCUAAAGCGAAUCGACCAAGUUCUCAGUAUUCUUCGUGAGAAUGGUAUCAGAUGCAAAAAGGAGAAAUGCUUCUUUUUUACGGACGAAAUAGAGUACUUAGGACGAAGAAUCAGCGCUGAAGGGAUUCUUCCAGACAGCUCAGGCUUGGAGGCUGUUAAAUUGUUGCGUCCGCCUUCUAAUCUACAGCAAUUAGAAGCAUUCAUGGGUAAAGUUAAUUACUAUUGCAACUUUAUACCGAAUUAUUCUCAGUUGGCCGCUCCUUUGAACCAGCUUCGCAGAAAAAAUGUAGCAUACCUUUUUGGGCCGCAACAACAACAAGCUUUUACAUCCCUGAAGUCCCAUAUAAUCAACGCUACUCAGCUAGCUCAUUUUGAUGAAAACCUACCAUUAGUCCUUGCAACGGAUGCAUCAUCUUUUGGUAUCGGUGUAGUCCUUUCGCAUAUACAACAAGAUGGCAAGGAGAGACCUAUUGUUUUCGCAUCAAAAACGCUUGACAAGCAUCAGGUUAAAUACAGCCAAAUCGAAAAAGAAGGACUUUCUAUAAUAUUCGGAGUAAAACGUUUUCACCAAUAUUUGUACGGCCGAAAGUUUACCCUUAUAACGGAUCACAAGCCACUUGUAACGAUUUUCAAUCCAGGCAAGCAUCUUCCUUUAAUGACGUCAAACAGGCUACAGCGCUGGGCCAUCAUUCUCAUGGCCUAUAACUUUGAAAUUCAGUAUCGAUCUACAUCUGCUCAUGGCAACGCAGAUGCCUUAUCGCGCCUUCCCGUGGGCAUGGAUCCGGAUUUCGACAGAGAAGAAGAAGCCUGCCACGUCGUAAUGGAACUGUCACCACCGAUCAAUUCUGAGAUUAUUCGCAACCACAUCGAAAAGGACAAACUUCUCAAACAAGUCUUACGGUAUGUUACUGUAGGAUGGCCAGAAAAACUUCAGCAGGGCGAGGAAGCAUUAUCACCAUACUUUAAUCGAAAAUUUGCCCUCACGAUCAACAAAAAAUUGCUUUGCCUACACACAGAUGCCAGUCGUGUAGUAAUCCCAGUAACUCUUCAAGCGCAUAUCCUGAAGCUGUUACACGAAGGACAUUGGGGCAUUGUUCGAAUGAAGCAGUUAGCCAGACAACAUGUUUGGUGGCCUACGAUCGACGCAGACAUUAAAAACCUUGCUCAGUCAUGCAGCAUCUGCAAGUGCAACAAUCCUGCUCCUCCAAAAGAGUAUCAAAGUUGGCCUGCAGCAACAACAGCGUGGGAGCGAAUUCAUAUCGACUUCGCCGGCCCAAUAUUCGAUUCUAUGUGGCUAAUCUGCGUAGACGCUUACUCGCAGUUCCCAUUUGUAGUUCAAAUGUCGUCCACUACAACCGCUAACACGAUCGCUGCACUAUCAUCGAUAUUCGCCAUCGAAGGAUAUCCAAAAACCAUGGUCAGCGACAACGGUCCGCAGCUUACGGCUGACGCCUUCGAGGAAUUCUGCAAACAUCAUGGAAUAAAACACAUAACCACAGCACCGUUCCAUCCGGCAUCCAACGGAUUAGCAGAGCGUUUCGUUCAGACGUUCAAAUUCUCAGUCAAGAAGAACCUCAAAGACGGUAUACCAGUCCGAGUAGCAGUUUCUAAAUACCUUUCUUCUUACAGGUUCACUCCAAACUCCAACGGAAAAUCUCUACUAAGUCAACUUUUCGAGCAGCCUGUCGAAGCCAAGCAAUCGGUUACCAAGUACGUCCCAAAUCAAAUGGUCUACGCUCGUAACUACUCGAGGGGAGAAAAGUGGAUUGAAGGCAUUAUCGACCGUCCAAUUGGAAAAAUGCUUUUCAUCGUUCGCACCACAAAUGGUUAUAUCAAGCGCCAUUUCAACCAGCUAAAACCGAAGUUCUCAGCAAGCAGCCCCAUCGAAAAACCUCCAGAAUUCUGGUGGAUUCCGGAUAUUCCCCAAACAUCUUCAAAUCAACCACCACAACAACAAGAUCAACCACCACUACAAGAAGAUCAACCGGUAACUCCGCCAGCCGUUCAGCAACGUGAUCCUGAACCUGGGCCACCUGAGAGCUCCACAUCAUCUAACCAACAACCAAGACAAAAACAACCAGCACGACGUUCAUCCGGCAUACCUGUUCGCCAAAGUAGUCGUGUUCGCCAAGAAGUAAAUCGUUUCAAGCCCAAGGAUUUCCGAAAACCAAAAAAUACUAUUCGUUCUUAA